UUGUUUCUGCGUCCCAAUUACUAGUGUAUCUGCACAAGUCUAUUAAGUGGCGUUUUUGGAGAGACUGUUAUAAAAACUUUUGGGGGUCAGCAUAUGCAGUUCAUACAGACUUAGAGCAAUACAUGUGAGUUUGUGUACUUUAUACCUUUCAUCGAAUUACCAUCAUUUUUCAGAAAAGUUUUGUGAAAGUCAUUUUUUAAAGUUCUGGUAUAUUUUCUUUUGAUUCCAAAGGUCCAGUUUAGCUAUCAUGACUUGCUUUUCAGUAAGUUGAAUUUUAGUAAUAUUUUUCUAUCGUCAGUGUCUGUGGCUAUCAAUGUAAACUGGUUAUGAUUCAUAAACACUUUUUAUUUAUUCCCCUGUUUCAACUUUGCAUCGCCUCCACUGGUUUAAUUAUAUUCUGCCAUUAUUUGCUUGACUUCUAAUGCUCAAAUUUGAGUCUGUUGAUUCAAUAGCAUACUCUCUAGCUCAUCUUUCAAUUUACAUACACACACUCACACGCAUGUCCAUGUUUACACAUGUAAGCUUUUCUCUUAGCACAAAACAAAUAUUUUGAUAUUUGAUGGCUGGUAAUAUGUUUAGAUCCUGUUGAUUAUUUUGACUUUGUCUCCUUUAUUUAUCCCACUGAAACAGAAAUGUUGACUGCCUUUUAAUUACUAGACUCCCUUAGGAGAGGAAAGGUAGGACACUCCUUGUUUCUUAAGUUCUAGGCAUCUUUUCUAUUUCUAGAGUUAAAUCAUUAGGUUGUUCUGAAGAAAUAACUGAAUUGGUGAACUAGUGUUAUUUUCUUUUAUUCUUUUACUUGUACUUUAGUGUCUAUGUUGAAGAGUUUUUAAUGUAGUAAAGUCACAGAAAUAACUUAAUUUUGAUCCAGUGCUUAUUAAAAAGUUAUUUUCAAAUCUGUUAAACAUGUUCACAUUUUUCAGAUUUAUUCAUAUAGAAUAGCCUGUUAAUAUAAGAGAUGGAGUGGGUAUAUAGACUAUAUAAGAAACUGAUUUAGCUGGUAUGCCUCUAGAUAAUUUUGUGUGUUUUCAAUAUGCCUAUGAGUCAUGGAUUACUUCUUUAUUUCCUUCGUAAACUCAUUUUGCAUUAUAUCUAAGUAUACUUGUUUCUUAUAUUCAGAACCAACUCAUUAUUGAAACCCCAAGUUACCUAGUACUGCAUGUGUUAUCUGAAGCAAUGUCUUGGAAAGUCAAGUGAGGAAAGGAGACUUAUCUAGGGGAUUUGAUCACAGGAAUCAUCUCCAUAAUCGAUUUAGCCCAAUACUCUCACACCACUUCUAGAUAUUUGGCUCAAAUUACUUACCUAGUUAUGUUCCUUUUCAAAUUUUCCUUCUCGUUUAAGAAUUGACCUUAAUGUGAUUAACUAUAAAUUGAAUGUCUGAUGUUUAGAGGAAAAGAAUUUCAACUGUAGGAGAGGGAAGUCUUAUAAUAGAUGCAUAACUUUGUCUUGAAGUCAAGAAAAAUGUUAGUAUGUUUUGAGCAUAUCGGGGUAGAAUUAUGCUUAUGGAAAUCCAAACUGAGAAAAAAAGAUUGAAUACAUUUUACUUGAACUUGAAAUUAGAUGAAUAAAAAGCAUAUGAGGUAUUUGCUGAGAGAGGGAGGUGUUUUAUAUUUUUUAAAACAUAGUUUAAACUGUUAGAAACUGGAAACCAAGAUCUUGGAAAAUAAAAAGGAAAGAUUGGCUUUGAAACUUGAUAUUAAGAAGGUUAUUUUGAGGUAGUGAUAAAGCUCUGUUAAGGUAUAACAUAUAGUCCAGUUAAAUAAAAUGAUAAAAAUAAAACACCCUCACAUUUCAUGUCAUUAAAUUUCUAUGGUAACCCACUAGGGUAUGCUUUUAUGUGCUGUUUAUGAUGAAAAUGUAAAACUUAUUCCCUUUCAUAAGUCUUUUAUAAAUAACAAGAAUGGCAUUGACCAUUCUUGUCCUGAGUAUACCCUAGAUAAGCUUUGAGCUCUCCUCCAGUUUCCUCUGAUAAAUGAAAGAGGAAAAUUAUCUGUAUACAAGAUCGAAGCUAAUACUGGGUGUCAAAAUCUCCCCAUACCACUUGGUGGGGCUAUUUUCCCACGUGGUCUUUGUUCUAAGUGGCGAGAAGACUGCUUUGUUCUUCCAGUAACUGCAUUGCCUCAUUAGAAAAAGACACUUCUCUCAUUACUGGAUUAAUGGCUCUUCUAUAGGGCCCCAUCUCUAAGGAAACUUCUUUGAUAGUAAACACUGGAAAACAGACACAUCUAAAACUCAUAAACUGCCUGGAUCCCUAUACAGCAGCCAUAUCUGUCGGAAUACCGAAUCCCAUCAAUUGCAAGGCUUCUGACUGCAGUUUUCUAAAUAAACUCCGAGCGCCGCUGUUGGCCAAUGUGCUGCAAGAACCGGAGUCCAGGAUCCACUAGGGUGAUUUUCUGCGCAGUCACAAAAGCAAGUCUGAAAGGCAAGUGGCCCGGACGGACCACUGCUCUGGCAAAUCUGAUUCUGGAAUGCUGAUUGGGAUGCCUUCAAACUGGGAGCUUUGAGUUUUCUACGUGGUGGAUGUUCUAAACACAAACUGUACAGAAAGCAUCUUCUCUUAACGUCGGAGGUCGCAGCGGCGCAGAGAAGGAUGGGAAAUAGGGCGAAGCAGAGCAGCAGUACCCAGAGGCGGCAAGUACUCUUUCCUUUCCUGCUGCCUUUGUUCUGCGGGACGCUCUCAGAGCAGAUCCGCUACUCCAUUCCCGAAGAAAUGGCCAGGGGCUCUGUGGUGGGGAACCUCGCUCAGGACCUGGGGCUGCAUGUACGAGAUUUAUUGACUCGCAAUCUCAGAGUUAGUGCAGAGAAGCAAUACUUUACCAUAAACACAAAGAACGGGAACUUACUUGUGAGUGACAGAAUAGAUCGGGAGUCGCUCUGCCCGCCAAACCGUCUGUGUGUCCUGCCUUUAGAGAUUGUAGCAGAGAACCCUCUAAAUGUUUUUCACAUAAAUGUGGUGAUAGAAGAUAUAAAUGACAAUCCACCUCAUUUUCCCCAAAAUAGCAUUGUUUUACAAAUCAAUGAAUUAGCAAUUCCAGGAACUCGGUUUGGCCUGGAAUCCGCUAUAGAUGCAGACGUAGGGGCUAACUCUCUCCAGAGUUACCAACUCAGCUAUAAUGAGCACUUCUCUCUGAUGAUGAAGGAUAAGACUGAAGGCAAGAACGCUCCAGAAUUAGUGUUGGAGAAGUCCCUGGACCGGGAACGACAGAGCUCCCAUCUCCUGCUCCUGACAGCGGUGGAUGGGGGUGAUCCAGUCCGAACUGGCACUACUCAAAUCAGUAUUGAGGUCACUGACGCAAAUGAUAACCCCCCAGUGUUUAGUCAGGAUGUAUACAAAGUUAGCCUGCGUGAGAACUUGCCCUCAGGCACUUCUGUGCUAAAGGUGACAGCCACAGACCAGGAUGAGGGCAUCAAUGCAGAGAUCACCUAUUCCUUCAGAACACUAGGAGAUGUUGGAAAUAUGUUUAUGCUAGACAGUCAGAGUGGAGAGAUUAAAUCCAAAGCCCUUAUAGACUUUGAAAUCAGAAGCAGUUAUACCAUGAGCAUAGAAGCCAAGGACAGUGGAGGCAUGGCCACUGAAUGUAAAAUUGUACUAGAAAUUCUAGAUGAGAAUGACAACGCCCCAGAAGUGGUUUUCACUUCCGUGUCUAGUUCCAUAACUGAAGAUGCAGAGCUCGGAACCGCGAUUGCUUUGUUCAAAAUACAUGAUAAAGAUUCAGGAGAAAACGGGGAGGUCACAUGCCUCAUAAAAGAGAAAGUUCCCUUUAAAAUUCAAUCUUCCGCCAAUAAUUACUACAAGCUUGUAACAGAUGGGGCCCUGGACCGGGAACAGACCCCGGAGUACAACGUCACUAUCGCAGCCAUGGACAGAGGCAAACCGCCCCUCUCCUCCAGCAGAAGCAUCACCCUACACAUCGGCGACGUCAACGACAACGCCCCGGUUUUCCACCAGGUCUCCUACCUGGUCCAUGUGCCAGAAAACAACCCACCCGGGGCCUCCAUCGCCCAAGUCAGCGCCUCUGACUCCGACCUGGGACCCAACGGCCACGUCUCCUACUCCAUCGUGGCCAGCGACCUGGAGCCGCGGGCGCUGUCGUCCUACGUGUCCGUGAGCGCGCAGAGCGGCGUGGUGUUCGCGCAGCGCGCCUUCGACCACGAGCAGCUGCGCGCCUUCGAGCUGACGCUGCAGGCCCGCGACCAGGGCUCGCCCGCGCUCAGCGCCAACGUGAGCCUGCGCGUGUUGGUGGGCGACCGCAACGACAACGCGCCUAGGGUGCUGUACCCGACGCUGGGGCCCGACGGCUCGGCGCUCUUCGACACGGUGCCGCGCGCCGCGCAGCCCGGCUACCUGGUCACCAAGGUGGUGGCGGUGGACGCGGACUCGGGACACAACGCCUGGCUGUCCUACCACGUGCUGCAGGCCAGCGAGCCCGGACUGUUCAGCUUGGGGCUGCGCACGGGGAGGGCUUUGGGCGACAGGGACGCUGCCCGCCAGCGCCUGCUGGUCGCUGUGCGCGAUGGGGGACAGCCACCCCUCUCGGCCACCGCCACGCUGCUCCUGGUCUUCGCCGACAGCCUACAAGAGGCGCUACCGGAUCUCAGCGACCGUCCUAUGCCCGCUGAUCCCCAAGCUGAGCUGCAGUUUUACCUGGUAGUGGCCUUGGCCUUGAUCUCCGUGCUCUUCCUUCUCGCGGUGAUUCUGGCCAUUGCCCUGCGCCUGCGACGCCCCUCUAACCCGGCCGCCUGGGGCUGCUUUCAGGCUGGUCUCUGUUCUAAGACUGGACCAGGAGUUUCUCCCAACUACAGCGAGGGAACUUUACCUUAUUCUUACAAUCUGUAUGCCUCCAAUUCUCAGAAAACGAGGUUUGAUUUUGUCUGUAUGACGCCAGAACCGGUUCUCCCACAAGAUCUUUCUAAUGAAGCAUCUUUGGUAGUAAGUGUCACUGAGGAGAACAAGUUAAGCUCUAACUCUCUUACUUCUACUCACGUGAGUUUCAGUUAAUAUCUUUCAUCUGCAAAUGGUUUGCU